UAACACUAAUCGUAGAAGAAGUAUAUGUAAUGUCUAUUGCCCCCUUUUCCGUGUUCAUUAUUUGAGUAUUCAACACACGCAUGAGUUCUGCUUACCAACAACGAACGACCCUUCACACCGCCAUACCGAAUGCCUGUCAUGGAUCGCUUAACUCUUUUAACUCCGCCCAUGCUCCGACUAAGUACCCUUAUCUGUGGAUCCUGUAGAUACUCUUCCCCCUGUCCCAACAAUCAGCUAACCUCGUUUGCAUGUUGUUUCUUCUGUCGUCCUUGCCCUCGCCCUCGCCAUAUUGAUCACAAAGGCUGUUCCUGGUACCGUGCUUUCAUCGCACGCCUUUUGGCUGCUACUACUAGAUCUACCUUGUGGUUCAUGACGCCUUCAAUUAUCUAGCGACGAAUCGAGCUACCAUGGACUUUUCUCAAGGGUUGGGCAGCCUCUUCGAGCAGGACAAGGCCGCGUUUGAUUUCAACCUUGAAUUCGAGCAACUGUUUUUCUCCAUUCUUCCCUCUGCCAUUUUCAUCUUCUCAUCGCUAUGGCGCGUGCUCCAUCAGACACGAAAACCAGUCAUUGUGCAUGCCCCAACAGUUCAAUGGAUCAAGUUGGGUGCCAUUGCGACAUAUGUUGUGCUAGAGCUUUUGCUCCUUGUCUUGUCUACUGUCGGCACCUUACACGUCACUCGUUUGUUUGUAGCUGCCUCGGCACUGAAGCUUGUGUCAGCAUUGUUCAUGAUGGCACUUAGUGUCAUUGAUCAUAGCAGAAGCCCGCGGCCAUCUGUCUUGCUGAGCAGCUACUUAUUUUUGACCCUCAUCUUAGAUGGCGCACAGGCUAGGACAUUGUUCUUGUCCUCAGGCGAUAGACCUGAGAUUACAUACAGCAGCAUCUUCAUUGCCACCAUAGCCCUGAAACUAAGCAUCUUCCUGUUGGAAUCCCAGCAAAAGUCCAAAUGGAUCAGCUGGGACAUGAGAGAGCAUAGCCCAGAGGAGACGAGCGGUAUAUUCUCUCUCGGUGUUUACUUUUGGCUCAACAGGCUUUUCCUAUCUGGCUAUAGCAAAGUUUUGAAGGUGAAGGAUCUCUAUCCACUGGACAGCACGCUUGAUGCCAAGCUGCUGCAUGAAAGAUUUUCUGCGAACAUGGACUAUGGUAAACUCAAGGGCGACAACUUUGGCCUGGUGAAAGUACUAAUACGAACGCUGAAUAUCAACCUACUACUCCCAAUCCCACCCCGUUUAGCAAUGCUCGGCUUUACUAUUGCUCAGCCUUUCUUCACUGAAGGCUUGCUGAAAUACCUGUCUAAACCUGAAAGAGACCCCAAUGUUGGGUACGGUUUCAUCGGCGCUAGCAUAUUGAUUUACGCCGGAAUAGCAGUAUCCGCGGCUCUGUGCUGGUAUUUUCAUCGUCGGGCCCUUGCCAUGACAAGAUCCAUGCUUAUUACCGAGACCUACAUCAAAGCUACCCAAGCUCGCCUUGACACGGGCGAUGAUAAUACUGCGGUGACUUUAAUGAGCACGGACAUAGAGCGGAUCAACAUGGGAUUCUUAUCUCUGCAUGAGACCUGGGCCAGCCUGAUUCAGGCUGCGUUGGCUAGUUGGCUGCUGUACAAUCAGCUCGGUGCUGCAUUCGCUGCACCUAUUGCAACUGUGACAAUCUGUUUCUUCGGUCUCGCCAUUCUUGUGAAGUUCACAGGGGAUUCCCAGAGGUCCUGGAUGGCAGGUAACCAGAAGCGCGUCGGCCUAACAACAACAGUUAUUUCUAGCAUGAAGAACCUCAAGAUAUCCGGUCUUUCCACCAUCGUCGGCGAUCAUGUGCAGACACUUCGCGUAUUGGAGCUGGCGGCAGGGGCUAGAUACCGCAAGAUUACCGUUAUUGCGGCUGUGUUCGGCUAUGUACCACUUUUGAUCAGCCCACCACUCACAUUCGCCUUUGCUCAGCGCACCCUGGAUGUUCCAAGGAUCUUCACAAGUCUCUCGUACCUUUUGCUUCUGACUAACCCCCUCUCCAUGCUAUUCCAGAAUAUCCCGCAGCUCGUGUCCGGAUUGGCUUGUUUAGGCAGAAUCCAAGCCUUCCUAGAGUGUGAAACUCGCCACGACUUUCGCAGUGUGGAAGCUGACCUGAAGCAUCACUCAGAAAGGGCGCCAGCACAGCUUGAGCAGUCAUCCAAAAUGACAGAAAAAAGCUCACCUCUUGUGGUGAUCAAAGACGGCGAGUUCGGCUGGAAGGCCAACAAGUUCGUCUUGCGCGGUGUAAAUGCACAGAUAUCACAGUCAUCGCUUACUGUAAUUGUCGGACCCGUCGGGUCAGGAAAGUCUACUAUGUGCAAGGCGUUACUGGGAGAGAUUCCCUUCAGUAAUGGCAGCGUAACCAUGCGUACUAGAUUUCCGCAUGUGGGGUUCUGUGAUCAAACCGCAUUUCUCUCGAACGGGACUAUCAGAGACAACAUCGUAGGACACUCCCCCUUUAAUGAACAACGAUACGCAGAAGUAAUCAAGGCGACGGCUCUCAGUUUUGACCUGGCGAUGCUCCCUCAAAACGACAUGACUAACGUCGGUUCCGACGGAAUUACAUUAUCGGGGGGACAAAAGCAACGAGUCUCGCUUGCUCGGGCUCUCUAUCUUCAAUCGGACCUCCUGAUCCUAGAUGAUAUCUUUAGUGGCUUGGAUGCGGAUACAGAGGAGCAAGUUUUUCGUCAGGUUUUCGGUCCUGAGGGAAUUCUCAGGCGACGAGGCACCACAGUUGCGUUGUGCACACAUAGUAUUAGGCAUCUACCGGUGGCAGAUCACAUCAUCGCAAUUGGGGACGGAACAAUCAUUGAGCAAGGUACAUUCAAUGAAUUGAUGGCUCUUGACGGGUAUAUCCGCCGCUUGGGGCUUAGAGCUAGUUCCGAAAGCGAUACUUCCUCGAAAGCAACCCCGUCAAAACAGCAUGGCAUGAAAGAUACAGCAGUAGAUAAGCCACGCUACGCGCCAGUGAACGUAGCAUUGACGGAAGAGGACGAAGGAAACUCGCGCCAAACUGGUGAUACAGCAGUAUACAAACACUACUUCAAGAGCAUGGGUGUUUUCCUUGCAUUUUGCAGCUUCUUCUUUGCCACUCUUUGGGGUUUCUUUAGGAACUUUCCCACAGUCUGGCUCACAUACUGGACCAAUGAUGUAUACUCAGAGCAUCCAAAUCAUACCUAUGCCUAUUAUGCUGGGAUCUAUGCUGUUCUUCAAGUCUCUGCGACGAUUUCACUUCUAUUACUCGGCAUUUCUAUUUUCAUCAUAUCUGUGAGACGGGCAGGCGCAAAUGUCCACCAAGACGCCUUGCGAACAUUGAUCCGAGCGCCUCUAUCAUUCUUUACAGUAACGGACACCGGUGUUGUUACGAAUCUAUUCUCACAAGAUCUGAAUCUCAUUGACACUGAACUUCCAAAUGCGCUCCUCAAUACUCUGUUUUGUAUCUUCCAAGCCAUCGGCCAAGCUGCUGUUAUGCUCACUUCAUCCCCUUAUCUAGCAAUCAGUUAUCCAUUUAUUGGCAUACUGCUCUAUGUCGUGCAGAAAUUCUAUUUGCGUACAUCAAGACAGCUACGGUUACUAGAUCUCGAAUCAAAGAGUCCUCUCUACACGCAUUUCAUCGACACUGUUAAGGGUAUGGUAACUCUAAGAGCCUAUGGAUUUGUUCCCGAUGACGUACAGAAAAAUGUGCGCUUGAUAAACACUAGCCAACGGCCAGCAUAUCUCCUAGUUAUGAUUCAACAAUGGCUCAACCUUGUUCUUGAUCUCGUCGUGGCUGUUAUUGCUGCUGUUCUGACUGCGCUUGCUGUCAGGCUUCCCUCUAACUCUGGUUUGACUGGCGCCUCUCUCGUCACCCUUAUGAGUUUUGGAGAUAGUCUUUCGGGCAUUGUGAUAUACUUCACUAGGCUUGAGACAUCAAUCGGGGCAAUCUUAAGACUGCAGAAGUUCAACGAAGCAGUAAAGCCCGAAGAGAAAAGUGAUGAGGAUCUUGAACCCCCUGAAGACUGGCCUCAAAAGGGGGUCAUAGAAAUGAAGCGUGUAUCUGCAUCUUAUCAAACAGAUAGGAAAGACAAUGACAAUGUUGAUCUUGCCCUUCGCAAUAUAAAUUUCACCGCCAACUCCGGCGAAAGGAUUGCCAUAUGUGGCCGGACCGGAAGCGGGAAAUCAAGCCUAAUCGCACUGCUAUUAAAGCUCCUCGACCCAAUCCCGGAGGCAGAGAGCAGCGUGCUAAUCGAUGGCGCACCAUUGAAUCGAAUCAGCAGACCGGUGCUCCGUCAGCGUAUAAUCGCUGUGCCCCAGGAGGCGGUCUUUUUACCCGAUGGUUCCACAUUCAAAGAUAAUCUCGAUCCCACCGGCGUUGCCACACCAGCAGAGUGCGAGGCUGUGUUGGCGAAGGUAGACCUCCUGCAAUUCGUGCAGGACAGGGGCGGUACAGAUGCGCCUAUGAGCGUCGCGACUUUCAGCGCUGGACAAAAACAACUUAUGUCUCUCGGACGCGCACUCCUAAGGCGCCGUGGCCGGGCGAGGAAUCUUCUCGGGCUCACAGGCAGUGGAGUGGAAGGAGGAAUACUGCUACUAGAUGAGGUGAGCUCGAAUGUAGAUCAUGAGACCGAGCGAAUCAUGCAGGAGACGAUAAGGACAGAGUUUAAGGGCUACACAGUGGUCGCGGUCAGCCAUAGGCUAGAUACGAUCAUGGACUUCGAUAGAGUAGUUGUCAUGGAUAAGGGAGAGAUUUUGGAGGUUGGCAACCCGGUGGCUCUGGCAUCGCAGGCGGGUACAAGGUUCCAUGAACUGAUCCAAGCUUCUACGAAGUAGUGAUAAUGGUGUACCGGUGACGCUCUAUAUACGACAACGAACGCCAUAAUGGUGUCAGCCAGGAAUUAACUUGUACUAUAAUAAUAAUAAUAUAAUCGCGAGAGUCUUCCAUGUUCAUACUCCUUGGCCUCGACUUCUCAUGUACC